GAAAUGGCAUUCUUGUCGGAGUGUAUCGGAGUUAGCGACCUCUGUUUUUUCGAUUUUUCGUGGUCUAUUGUCUUUCGUAUUCCGGAAAAUCAUGCCGUUCCAAAGGUUUGUACAAUCUGGCCGUGUGGCCUAUGCGAGCGAUGGACCUUAUCAAGGCAAACUAGUUACCAUCGUUGAUGUCAUCGAUCAGAAUCGAGUUCUAGUCGAUGGUCCAUCAUCAGGAGUACCUCGUGGUGAAAUGAGACUUAAUGAGCUUCACUUGACAAAAUUCCGUUUACGUUUUCCGUUUUCUGGAUCCACUCAUGUCGUGCGUAAAGCAUGGAAUUCAGCUAAUAUUAACGAACUUUGGAAAGAGACAAUGUGGGCCAAAAAAGUUGAAGCCAAGAAGAAGCGUGCAGAACUCAGCGAUUUUGACCGCUUCAAACUGCGUAAAGCAAGGCAGAUAAGAAAUAAAUUGCGGACGGAUGCGUUUUACAGAUUAAAAAAGAAAACUAAGAAAGUUAAAGCUGGUGAUGCAGCGAGUAAAAGCGCGAAAAAAGCUGAAAAGAAAUAAUAACAUUCUGAAUUAAAUACAAGAUUAUUUUA